AUGGGAGAAGAGAAUAAAGAUAAAUUACCAGACAUUAUGUUGACAUCGAAUGAUAAUAAAUACCAAUUAAGUGAUGAAAUUAUGGAUUCAAUACGGAAUCAAAAUAUUUAUAUCGAAAGAAAAAACAUAAGACUUGAAUCUGUAUUAGGAAUGGGAGAGUUCGGCACUGUUUAUAAGGGAUUACUAUUUGACAAUCAGUUAAAUAAUGAGAGAGAAAUGGCCGCAAAAACUCUAAAAAAAUCAAAGAUAAGUGAUGUCAAUACUAUCGAAGCAUUUCUAAAGGAAGGCCUUAUAAUGAAAGACUUCAACCAUUUGAAUGUCUUAACACUUUUUGGUGUCUGCUUUGAAACAACCGGUGAACCGAUAAUUGUUUUACCUUUUAUGUCAAACGGAGAUUUGUUAUCAUAUAUUAGAAAUGAUAACAAUUAUCUAACAGCAAGAAUGCUACUCAUGUUUGCCAUCGAUAUAGCAAAAGGUAUGUCUUAUCUAUCGGAACAUCAUAUCAUUCACCGGGAUUUGGCCGCACGUAACUGUCUUAUCGACGAUAAAUUAUUAGUCAAAAUAGCAGACUUUGGUUUAUCAAGAGAUUUAUUUAAUAAAGAUUAUUACAAAAGUAAUAAUCAAAAAUGUAAACUUCCGGUCAAAUGGAUGUCACCCGAGAGUCUGGAAAGAGGUGUAUACGAUACCAAAACUGAUGUCUGGUCUUAUGGUGUACUCGUAUGGGAACUGAUGACCCGCGGAGUUAAACCAUAUCCUAAUGUGUCCAACAGUAAGAUUGAUAAAUAUUUAAAACAAGGACAACGUUUGCUAAAACCAUACCAUUGUCCACAAAUUGUUUAUACAAAUGUAUUGAUGCGCUGUUGGUCUUAUGAUCCGCAAUAUAGACCAACAUUUGCUGAACUAAUAGUAGAAAUUGAAUCAAUAAUUGAAAAAUUAGUAAACGAUGCACAAGAAAAUGUAGACAAUAUUUACAUCAAUUAUCCAAUUGAUAACUCAUUUAUAACUAAUAAUUAA